AUGUUCCCUCGGACACUCUUCACUGUCCUCCUCGCGCUCAGUAUUCUCUGCAUUCUCGUGUCGAACAACCCAAUUCUUCUCUUCGCAAACAGCCGACAUCAAAAGCAACUCCUCCCCAUUCCUUCGCAAACACUCGUUAUCAACCUCGCCAGGCGAUACGACCGUCGUCGACAAAUGGAAAUCCUUCGUUCCGGUCUCAGGCUUGCCUACUGGACAUACCUUCCCGCCGAAGAUCACACAAGCUCACUCUCUGUCCAGCUUCUCCAAACAGUGCAAGCGAUCCGCGCGGCUGCAUUCAAGGACUUUUACUACGACAGCGACAGCACGGUGGCGCUCCCAUUUUCCUGGCCUACGCAACUCGAGUCCAGUCCAUUCGACGACAUCAGUCCCGUGUUCAGUCUACCUGACCCCGCCCCGCCACUCACUUGCGCCACUGAAGACUUUACUGUCGAGCCCUACUCGCCCGCCCUCAAGCACUACCGCGUCCUCACUCGCAACCGUGUCGCCUGCUGGCACUCACAUCUCUCUGCCAUCAAGCGUGCUGUUUCACAACCCACUCUCAUCCUCGAAGACGACGUUGACAUGGAAGUUGAUAUUUCAGAGCGGUUGCGUUCUGUGUGGAGCUCGUUGCCUUUGGAUUGGGACAUACUGUACCUCGGGCAUUGCUGGUCAAAUGAAUCGUAUUUCCCACCCCUCCCUUCUCAAGAACCAUCUCUCGUCCGUCUACACCCCUCAAACGCGCCACUAUGCACCCACGCAUAUGCUGUCUCCCCCACUGGCGCACUGCGACUCCUGCUCUACCUCACCCAUCCGCCAUUUGCUUAUUCCCGCGCAAUCGACCACGCUCUCGCUUGGCUCGUCCAGAACAGGCUGGUCCGGGCGUACUCGGUGGUCCCCAGCAUUGUCGUGCAGAGGAAGAUCAGCAACAGCGACGUCACCAUCGACGGGCGGGCAAGCACCUGGCGAGACGAUCUGACCAAGGGGUUCUUUGCUUGA